AUGAAUCAAUCAGCAAUGAAUGAAUUUAAUGAAGAACUUAAUUCUCAAGCAAAUUUUCGAAAAUAUUUAAAUGAAUUUACAGUAAAUCUUCCUGUUAUAACAAUCGAUAGUAUUAAAUUACAAUUAUCAACAUUAAUUCAUCUUACUCAAACAACAAAUCAAUUAACAAGAAAAACUCUCAUGAUGAUUUCACUUAAAUGUUAUCAAUUAUCAGAAAUUCUUCAUUCAUUAUCAACAAAAAUUCCCUAUGAAGAUGUUCAAAUAUCAAGUCAACAACUUCUUCAAUGUGCUGCAAAUGUUUUAACAAUUGAACGUGUUUUUCUAGCUGCAAAUGAAGAAGAAAAGAAAGAAUUUUCGUAUAUUUUAUCAAAGGAAGCUUUUCAUAGUUUAUCUGAUGGUCAUUUUUGGUUUUCAAUCUUUUCUCGGCCACCAUCAAAUCAAUUUACACGUGUUCAACGUUGCACCUGCUGUUUUGUUUUACUUUUUGUUUCCAUGUUAUCAAAUAUCAUGUAUUAUGAUUUAUCAAAUGAAGCUAAAGUGAAUAAUUCAACAAGUCUUUCAUUUGGAACAUUUUCCAUCACAUUCAAUCAACUUUUAAUUGGUUUGAUGAGUGAGUUAAUUUCAUUGAUUCCAGGUAUUUUAUUAAUUCAAAUCUUUCGUCGUCUUCGAUCUCAUCAUCAACGAAUUUCACCAUUAGCAAAAGUUUUUCAUCAAAUCAAACCAACAACAAAAAUUGUAAAAAAAAGAAGAAAUUUUAUUUUUGGCAAUAUUUUUUUGCAUUUUUUUGGUCAAAAAUCAACAAAUGAAGAAGAUGAACAAGUGAAAGAAUAUUUGGAUGAAAAUCAACUUGUUCUUAAUCAAGAUGAAGAAUAUCUUCACCGAUCGAUUGAAAAUCGACCAUCAUUUCGUCCAAAUCGAUUAACUUCAAAUGAAAUAGCUUGUGCUCGUCAACUUCGUCUUCGUGAAUUGCAAAUCUGGUCAAUUGUUCGAAAAAUCUUUGUUAAUAUUUGUUUUUUAUCACUUUUAUCAAUAAUUGUUUAUUCAAAUCAUAAUGAAACUGCAUCAUUUCAAGUUCAACAUCUUCGAAAAUCAUUUCAUCAUUUUCAAUUGAAAAUUUUAUCGAUCAAUGAAUAUUGGAACUGGUUAGAAGAAGAUUUUAUUGAAAAUCUUCGUGCACAAAAAUGGUACAAUGGAAAGAAAGUUAAAUAUCUUUUCAUGGUUAUCUUAAUGAUACAUCAAAUCGAAUUAUUGGUUGGGCUAUAA